GGAAAAUGUACAUCGGACCAAAGAUAUAUAGUAUUCAAUUCAAUUCUCCCAAGUCUCUCAGAUUUCCUGUGAAGACUGAAACAGUAAUGCCAUAAACGAACCCAACAGCCAUGACCAACCCCUACCACCUCCACGCGCCGCUGCGCUCCGCCCCUCAAUCCUCCUCUCAAACCUUCACGGCGAAGCUCCUCCUCCUCCUCACUCUCCUCCCUCUCUCUCUCGCCGCCUUGGCUUUCAUCCUCCAAUGGCGCGGCGGCAUCCCCGACCCCACCACUCGCUGGUCCCCUCCUGGAUCCAACCACCUCUUCCCCGGCAUGGAGGCCUCUCCUCUCUCCUCCGCCGUCGUCCGAUCCUCCUCCUCCUCUGAUUGCGUCAAUCUCGGCCGCAGCAACUCCCCGUCGUUUCCUUACUAUCAGAAUUGGAAGUUUGAUUCCGCCGCCGAUUUGAAACCUAAGAUAGUAAUUACUACAAGUACGUCGGCAGGCUUAGAUCAGAUUUUACCAUGGAUGUUUUAUCACAAGGUUAUUGGAGUUUCCACCUUUUUUCUUUUUGUGGAAGGAAAGGCUGCGUCUCCUGAAGUAUCCAAAGUUCUGGAGUCUAUACCUGGAGUAAAAUUGAUAUACAGAACAAAGGAGCUCGAGGAGCAACAAGCUAGAAGUCGGAUUUGGAAUGAGACAUGGCUGUCAAGUUUCUUUUACAAACCAUGCAAUUAUGAGCUAUUUGUGAAGCAAUCUCUCAAUAUGGAGAUGGCUAUUGUUAUGGCAAGGGAUGCUGGAAUGGACUGGAUUAUUCAUCUUGAUACUGAUGAGUUACUACACCCAGCUGGUGCCAAGGAGUAUUCUUUGAGGCAGUUGCUGCUUGAUGUGCCUGGGAAUGUGGACAUGGUUAUUUUUUCAAACUAUGAGAGCAGUGUUGAACGAGAUGAUAUUAAGGAACCUUUUACCGAGGUAUCCAUGUUCAAGAAGAAUUACGAUCAUGUACCGAAAGAUACAUACUUUGGAAUGUACAAAGAAUCAACUCGUGGCAACCCAAACUACUUUCUGACUUAUGGAAAUGGGAAAUCAGCUGCUCGAAUCCAAGAUCAUCUCCGUCCUAAUGGCGCACACAGAUGGCACAAUUAUAUGAAAACCCCAAAUGAGGUCAAAUUGGAAGAGGCUGCUGUUCUGCACUACACAUAUGCCAAAUUUUCAGACUUAACGUCACGACGUGAUCGGUGUGGCUGCAAGCCUACAAGGGAAGAUGUCAAAAGAUGCUUCAUGUUGGAAUUUGAUAGAGCUGCAUUCAUAAUUGCUUCAACUGCAACUGAGGAGGAAAUGCUCAAAUGGUACCAUGAACACAUUGUAUGGGAUGACAAAGAUAUAAGAAUAAAACUUUUGAGGAAAGGCAUCUUGACUCGAAUAUAUGCUCCAAUGGCCAUAAUCCAAGGACUAAAGGAGUCGGGAGUCUUCAGCUCUGUUAUUGCAUCUGCCUCAACUACACUCUCAAAAGAAAAGUUCUUGGCAACAAUUGAUAGUAGUAACUCCUCUAGAGCUACUGCCUCUAUAUCCCACCCGUCGAGGAAGAUUAGUAGAAGCAGUGAGAGUAUGGCUACUGCCAGGAAGACCUUGGAUGUUGAAGUUGCUGAAUUCCAAGAACUGGCCGUUCCACCAUUAUCCCCUCCAGCAAUGGAUGAUAACCAGCUCAGCUUUGAAGUGUAAUAGAUCUCACAACUUGAUUGCUUAUUCUGAAUGUGAACAAGUUAAAUGACAUGAAGAAUCAGGAGAGAAAAGUAAGAGAGUAAACAGGCUAGUUGUUGGAGGUUCAUUCGGGUUGGUUCUUCCCGAUCAUUAUCCAAGCGUGGUGAACAAUUGAUUAGGAUUUCUGGGCAAGCCUCUUUAUACUAGGCUAGUUGGGGUUCAACGAGAAAUCUUGCAUUGUUGUGUAUAGAUAGAAACCUGUGAUGAGUCAUUUAUUUUUGGAAUUGUUCUGUAGUAUAGAAAGCUGUCUAUUAGGAUACUAAACUACUGUGUAUACAUUUUGGAUCUGUUAUUAUUAUAUGCUGUCUCUGAAAAUAUUAGAUAGCUUGUUGUCGUUCAUGAUU